GACUUAAAGAUACCAGCCAGGUCUUUUUCUCCAACAAGUGAGGUGCUAAGUCCUAUUGAUUGACUAGAGGCCCUUCAUCCUGCUGUUUGCUCAUUCUCACAACUCGGGCUCAUCUCUAACAUGGUUGAUGUUUGGAUCUCUGCUGGCUGCUGGAAGACCGGUCUGUUAAUGACACUGAUGGUGUUCAGUCUGCCUGCAUCUUGGGCCAGGGACAUCCCAGAGGAUUUCGUGUUGCACUACAUGGGAGAGUGUUACUUCACCAACGGCACGGAGCGGGUGCGGCAUGUGUUUAGAGUCAUGUACAACGGCCAGGAAUUUGUCCGCUUCGACAGCGACGUGGGGGAGUUCGUGGCUGUGACGGAGCUGGGGCGGCCCGCUGCUAAGUACUGGAACAGUCAGGAGGACUACCUGGAGGAACAACGAGCCUACGUUGACACGGUGUGCAGACACAACUACGAGGUAGACAAGCCCUUCACGGUGGACAGAAGAGUCCAGCCCAGAGUGACCAUCUCCCCCUCCAAGACAGAGGCCCUGCAGCACCUGCUGGUCUGCUCUGUCACUGGCUUCUAUCCAAGCAAGAUCAAGGUCACCUGGCUCAAGAACGGGCAGGAGGAGACAGCUGGGGUUGUGUCCACGGGUCUGAUACAACAUGGAGACUGGACCUACCAGACCCUGGUCAUGUUGGAAAUGAUUCCCCAGAGCAGAGACGUCUACACCUGCAGUGUGGAGCAUGCCAGCCUACAGAGCCCCAUCAGUGUGGAAUGGAGGGCACAGUCUGACUCUGCCCAGAGCAAAUUGCUGAGUGGAAUUGGAGGCUUUGUCCUGGGGCUCAUCUUCCUAGGUGUAGGACUGUUCAUCCACCUGAAGAACCAGAAAGGACGCACUGGGCCUCAGCCUGCAGGCCUGCUGAGAUGAACCUUUGGAUUGCAUGCUUCAAAGAGAGUGCCUCCCAUCCCUGCUCUCCUGUGCAGGGUCCCCAGUCAUCCAGGAGGGAGGAACAGCUGAG